CACAACUAAAACUCAAUAUCCAGAAAUAGACACCAGACUGGUUAGUGAAAACAGAACUUAAUAUAUUGUUAAGGAUUGUGUUAAAUAGCAGCAGUGUCAAGAAUGAAUAAAUGGAAAAUGCAGUUUAUAACAAUUCACAAGACAAUAGGAUACAGGGGCGGGCUGACCAUUUGGAAAUUCGGGCACUGCCUGAGGGCCCAGGGGUCAGUAGGGGGCCCCAUGAGAUGCCCCUGGUACCUUUUUCAUAGGUUUUUUUGAGUUUGGGCAAGGACACAGGGGCCCCAUUAUCCCCUAUUGCCCGGGGGCCCCAU